AUAUUUCCUGAUUUAAGAGGUCGAGAGGGCUUGUAACCUAAAUAUCGCUUCUGACCACCUGUGUAACAUUUCUCAGUCAGGACUCUGCUCUAUUUAUAACAGCAACACACACACAAACACACACAAAAACACACACACACACAUUUGCUCUUUAAAAGCAUAAGCUGGGCUGCCUGUUUUCUUCUUAGUUCAUUCAGUAGAUCUACAGCUUCAGAUACAGAAACCUGCAGACGCCACAUUUUAAAGAUGAGUCACCGUUCUCGCGGCUCCAGGGUCCGGCAGCAUCUCCACUGUGACUCCUGCUACAGCCGGCGCUGCAGGGCUCGGGUGGAGCCUUCUGCCAGCUGCGCUCUCGUUCCCUGCCGUCUGCUUUGCGGAGCGGUUUUCCACCUGUGCAAGGAGGAGGAUCACCUGCUGCUGUGCCCCAAUGUGAGGGUGCCGUGCCUCAACGCCGAGUACGGCUGCCCGGUCCAGCUGCCCCGCUCCUCGCGGGCAGCUCACCUGCAGGUGUGUCCGGCCAGCGUGGUUUGCUGCUCCAUGGAGUGGAACCGCUGGCCUUCCAACAUCGCCUGUUCUCAGCCGCACACCGAGCUGUUAGAAAACCUGCUCAGGGAACGAGAGAGGUUUGGAUGUCUGGACCUGGCCAUAGCUCUGCAAGACCAGGAUGCUCUGUUUCACUCCAUCAAGAUGAAGAAACUGUUCCCGGAGCUGAUCCAGACCGCAGAGGAGGAAGCGAGGGAAGAACGGAGGCAGGAGGAGGAGAUGAAGAAGGAGAAGGAGAAGAAGAAACAGGCUCUCAUGGAGAAGGAGGCAGCAGAAAGAGCAGCUGCAAAAGAAGCAAGGGACAAAAUCUGGGAAGCAGUUAACAUGAUUAAUGUGAAUUUCCCUGAUGAAAAACAAGAUGAGGAUGAAGAGGAAUAUGAAGAAAAUCAGCCGAUGUUGUCUCAAGCGGAGAGGGAGGCAAUUGCCAGAGCAUCAGAAGUGGAUGCUGGUCUGCUGGAGAACUACAACGCCUGGGAGCGCAUGUUCAGCAUGGAGAUGGGAGGCUGCAGGGAAUCCGAGGGCACGGCUGCAGCAAGUAGAGGUCAGGCGAGAGGAAGAGGGAAAAGCCUUGGUUCACUGAAGGAGGAGGAGGCAACCUGUGCUGGUGCAGCAGCAUCCACCAGCAGUGCAUGUUCCUCCUCUCUUACUGGGAAACCCAAAAAGAAGAGCUUUGUGUACGGAAAUCUAGAGCCGAUGAAAAUCAUUACUGUGCGCACGUUUAAAAUCCCAACCAGCUUCACAGCCAGGCAAAGCCGCAUCCGUAACCCGGGUUUCUACAAGAGAGAAAACGUAGCAGUGGACACCAGCGACCUGGGUGUGGUGCCAGGUGACAUGCCAGUGUGGGAGGAGGUUCAGGCCUCCCUGCUGUGCUCCCUGGAGAGGGAGCGGAGGGGUCACCUCAUCGCUGAGAGCACGUCCUCGGACAGCCUGCUGAUGGAUGAAGGCACGCAGACCUACAGCUUCCUGUCCGCUCCUUUCCGCAGGUACACGUCGCUGGCUGACCUGACAGCUGGAAAACCGCUGGAGCUGCACCUGCAGCUGCAGGUGGAGAGCGUCACCAGCCGGCACAACAAGGCCAGCUCCGCCUUCACCUUCCUCUGCGGACACACCUUCCAGCGCACGGAAUACGGAAAACACUUCAAGAACAUCCACAGCGACAUUCAGAUGUGUGUGAACGGCUGGUUUGAACAGCGGUGCCCCCUAGCGUACAUGGGAUGUACCUACAGCCAGAGGAGGUUUCGGCCUUCCACAUUUGAAGCCACCGUCAACUUCAAUAAGGAGCUGGGCUGCUUUGGCCUGCAUCCGUCCAGCCCGUUUGCUCAGCCUACAGGUGGAGGUCACACCGAAGGAGGGGAGGACCGGCUGAGCUCGCUGCCCUAUGAGGUGCUGUGCCACAUGGCCAGCUUCCUGGACAGCCAGUCCCUGUCCCAGCUGGCCCUGGUGUCCCGCCUCAUGAGGCAGGUCUGCUGCUCCCUGCUGCAGGAGAGAGGGAUGGUGACACUCUGCUGGGAGAGGACGAGCUCCUCACAUGGGAGAGCCAAGUGGAGGGUGACACACAGGGUGUGGCAGUUUAGCUCCCUGUUCUCUCCUGUGGACACCUGGAGCUUCAGAGACGUCCCGUCCAUCGCUGAGCAUCUUAAAGUUUGUCCCUACAACGAGGUCGAGUCCAAGACUGAGAAAAUUCGCUUGCCUCGUGUUCGAGAAGAAAUUAAACCGAAGAAGAGCUGCAAAGGUCCCUCGCUGGUCACACUGUUCCAGGAGAAGAGGAUCAUGAUGUAGGAGCUGCUGUUGGAUCUCAGUUCAAUUAAAUUUAAUCGUACUUUAUUGAUACCAAAGGGAAAUGAAAUAAUGCAUGUUUUCCAUAUCUGAUAAUUAGAAAUGGAGCUUAAACUGGUACAGAAUAUAAUUCUGAUUUUAAUGUGGGAUAAUAAUGCAAUGUCUUGAUAGCACUUUAAGAGUUUAAAGAAUUUGAAAUAAAGUUUAAAAUAAAACAAACUUUAUUUUGAAAUAAAACAACUCAAGGUUAAACAUUUCUGCUGUUUUAUUCAGAUUUUUCACUUGCAGAGACAAAUUGAAUAUUGAGAUUCAUUCUCAUAUUAUAUGUUCAUUAAUUUAAUGGAAACAAAAAUAUGGAAUCAAAA